AUGUUAAUUGCUGUGAAUUAUUGUGGUUCAAGUGUUACUAUUGUUGAUAUUGCCACGCUCUCCUUUCCUGGUAUGGCUCAAGAUAGCAUCAUUAAAGUUAACUCAUCUUAUUACUACAAUAAUCUUACAUGGACACCGACCGCUGCUCAAAUUGGCUAUCAAGUCAUGUGUGCAAUGGCUUUUGACAGUCAAAACUCACAAUCUGAUCAAUAUUGUUUCAAAUUCUAUGUGUCCACGACUUAUGUUUGCUCUUGUCCAGGAGAAGUAUGCAUUACAACAACCUCAACAACUUCAACGACAUCAACAUCGACUACUAAAACUACAUCAACAUCGACUACUAAAACUACAUCAACAUCGACUACUACAACUACAUCAACAACAACUACAUCAACAUCAACUACUACAACUACAUCAACAUCGACUACUGCAACUACAUCAACAUCGACUACUGCAACUACAACCACAACAACAACAAGUACCACUAGUACUACAUCGACGACGACAUCAUCGACUUCUACAACUUCAACAACCACAACUACUACAACAACUACUACUUCAGGUCAACAACAACGACCACGACAACCACUACGACCAGCACCACUUCAACAACCAGCACAUCGUUCGUAA